UACUCAGCUGGCCUCUCGUUGUCUUUUAUAUGUCACGCUGAGAAAUAUUUUUUGAUGUUAUAGUGGCGGUUGUAAUUCAUUAAUUUGGAAAUAAUAAGUGAGCAGAUGACUUUUGUCAAAGGUCCCACUCUAAACUGGAGUGCAACUAUUGAAAACAAUGGAAACUAUAUGCUCAGAAGUAUGACAGAGAAUAAUAGGAAAAGGUCCAGAGAAGAUGACAGUUGUGAGUUCAUGCCUUUGUCAAAGCGAAUAAAUAACCUACACAUAAACAAUAACCUAGCUAGUACAAGCGCACAAGUUCAAGAAACUAGUCAGAUAAAUGGAAUCACAACAGAAAAUGGAAUCUCUUCACCAAGCUCAUCAUCAGAGACUGAACAGAGACCGAGCUAUGACCCUGGCGUUAGCUUGUCUCAAAGUAACUAUUACUUCGAAAACAAACUAUUGUUUGAAUUACAUUUAGAAAGAAUACAGAGGACUGGACAACAAUUUCCAUUUUAAUGUAAUGUUUGUGGUUGAAGAUUUGUGUGUAAUUUAUUGUUAUGUUUAGUGUGUAUUUACUUUUAAUACUUAUGGCCCAUAAUGUUAAAACUGUGUAUUUUAAUGUUUGUAGUAAGUAUUCCUGAAUGCUAAUGUUAUUUUCACAACCAAAUAAUGGUGAUAUCUAAUUUAAAAUCUUGAAAU